AGGGUGACAGACCUAAAUGAACCUCAUGUUCCCGUUAGCAGUACCAGCCACCGCUCCUCCAUCUCUCCCUCCGUCUGGGCUCUUCCUCUCCUCUUCCCCGUACCUCCCGAUCACUCUGACCCAUCCAUCCUUCCAUCUCUCGCAGGGGAGAGGGGAGGAGAGAGAGGAGGGGAGGGCAGAAGAAGAGAGGGGAGGAGAGGGGAGGAGAGGGGAGGGGAUGUUGAGGAGAGGGGAGGAGGACGGCAGAAGGGAGGGGGUGUAGGAGACCGAUGACGCUAUCGGAGGCUGCAGUAAGAAGCUGCUGCUGCUAGCAUCGCCUGACAGGCUACAAGCUAGCUGCUAAUAAACUGGCCUGGACGAGACAGACAGAGAGACAGGUAGUACAGCAGCAUGACAGACGGGUGGUGAAGUCAAUCUGAAUGACAGAUGGGAAGUGAGACAGGUAGUGAUGAUACAUUCUGUAGCGCAGCUCGAUAGAUUGCUUCCUCUGGAGAGGAGACUAGCAAUGCUACAUUCCGGUUGCAACUGACACACACAGCCACACAGACACACACACACACACACAGACACACACACACACCCACACCCACACCCACACACACACACACAUACAGGAGGAGUAUCCGGGGCCAGUGUCUUGGGGCUCCAGAAGAAGGCCUGAGUGAUGGUUGAUCGUCAGGUGGUGUGACGCUCUACGUGAGGUGGAGGGGGGAGGGGCAUGGCCAAGAGGGGAGGGGGGCGGCGAGGGAGGGCCGACCAACCUGACGCCAUGGCAACGCUCCAGGCAGCCAAUGAGGAGCUCCGAGCCAAACUCACCGACAUUCAGAUAGAACUACAAAAUGAAAAAACCAAGGUGAGCCGUAUAGAGAGGGAGCGGACCCAGGAGCUGAAGGCAGAGCAUCACCGCGCGACGGUCGCCCUGACGGAGCUCCGUACUAAACUCCAUGACGACAAGGUCAAGGAAGUGGCCGUCACAAGGGAGACGUUGCUACGACAACACGAGAUGGAGCUGAUGAGGGUGAUCAAGAUCAAAGACGGGGAAAUCCAGAGGCUGAACGGCCUGGUGUUCACGCUGAGGGAUGACUCCACGGACAAGGUGAGGUGUGUGUUGCUUGCGGAGGCCCGGGAGGAGGCGCGCCGGGGCUGGGAGGCGGAGAGGAGCCGGCUCCAGCAGGAGGUUCUGGAGCUGAGGGGCUCCAAGAAGGGUCUGGAGGAGACCCUGGGCUCCUCCCAGCAGGCGUGUCUGACCAGGGCGGCCGAGCUCAGGUCCGCCCACCACCACCACCAGGAGGAGCUGACGCGCACCAAGAGGGACUGUGAGAGGGAGAUACGCAGACUGAUGGAUGAGAUCCGUCUGAAGGACAGGGCAGUGAGUGUGUUGGACAAGGCUCUGGGCCUCCAGGCCGGCCACGCCCACCGCCUCCAGCUGCAGACCCAGGCGGCCGAGCAGCAGAUAGCCGUCCUGAGAGACGCCCAGCGGGGGGCGGGACCAAACCAGCCAGACCCCACCCCUAACACCACCCCUAACCACGCCCCAUUUCCUGCGCAGGAGGACAGGGAGACCCGGAGGUUUCAGUUAAAGAUCGCUGAGCUCAGCGCCAUCGUGAGGAAGCUGGAGGACCGCAACGCGCUGCUCUCUGAAGAGCGCAACGAACUGCUGAAGCGUCUCCGUGAGGCCGAGAGCCAGUUCCUUCCGCUCCUGGACAAAAACAAACGUCUGAGCCGGAAGAACGAAGAGCUGGCCCUCGCCGUACGUCGCCUCGACAACAAGCUACGCUUCGUGACCCAGGAGAACCUGGACAUGAGGCAGAGACACCGAGGAGGCGGGAGGCGGCCCAGCUCUCUGAACGACCUGGAGGAGCUGAACCCCGAGGAGAAGGAGGUGCAGUUCCUCCACCUGCAGGUGCAGGAGCAGCAGCACGUCAUAGAGGACCUCUCCAAGGCUCUGGAGACUGCUGGCUAUGUGAAGACUGUCAUAGAGAGAGACAUGAUUAUCAAAUACCGACGUCAAGAAUCUCUGAGGAGAAAAAGAGGUUUCAGAGCCUGCAGGGUUAUAGAGACAUUCUAUGGUUACGAUGAGGACGUUGACUCCGAUGGAUCGUCGCUGUCGUUCCACACCGACCGGACUCCAGACACCGACCCUGAUGAUGCGGUGUUCCGUGAUGACCAGGUGGCUCUUCGUGAGGACCAGGUGGUCCUACGCGAGGACGCGGAGGUCCGUUUCAGACAGCUGACCCAGGAGUACCAAGCCCUCCAGAGGGCCUACGCCCUCCUGCAGGAGACCAGUGGAGGCAGUCUGGACCCCGAGACCGAGAUGAAGACCAGGGAGCAGCUGUUAUCUGAAGUUAGUCGCUAUGAGAGAAGAGUUCAGGACCUGGAGACUUCUCUGAGACAACAAGGACUGGAUUUGAAGUGGGUGGAGGAGAAGCAGGCAUUGUAUCAAAGGAACCAGGAGCUUCUGGAAAAGUUGAAGCAGAUGGAAUCAGACGAAACGCGGCUAAGAAUUGACAUCCAGGACGCCAGGGAUCAAAACGAACUGCUGGAAUUCCGCAUUUUGGAACUAGAGGAGCGGGAACGGCGGUCGCCUGGCAUCAACUUCCAUCCACUACAUUUCCCAGAAGGCAUCAGUCCACUUCAGCUCUACUGCGAGGCGGAAGGCGUCACGGAAAUUGUGAUCAGUGAACUGAUGAAGAAGUUGGAUAUUCUUGGGGAUAACGCCGUAAGUAACCUCUCCAAUGAAGAGCAGGUGGUCGUUAUCCAUGCCAGAAAUGUUCUCACGCUGGCUGAGAAGUGGUUGGAGUCCAUUGAAGGGACCAAGUCCACUCUACAACAGAAGAUGUUUGAUAUCGAGAGUGAAAAGGAUCUCUUCAGUAAACAGAAGGGCUAUCUGGACGAGGAACUCGAUUACAGGAAGCAGUCUAUGGACCAGGCCCACAAGAGGAUCAUGGAGCUGGAGGCCAUGCUGUUUGAUGUCCUGCAGCAGGAGGGGGCCGCGGGUUUCGGCGGUUGGAGGGAGGGGGGCGCGGGGGCGUCUGCGUGGAGGAUGGAGGGCUGGAAGGCGGAGGGAUGCCGCCUGUCAGAGCUGCUGGCGGACGAGGACCGCGAGGGGCUGCAGAGGGCCAUGGAGCAGUGGAAGAGAGCCCUGAUGGUGGAGCUGCGAGAGAGGGACGUGCUGAUCCUCAGGGAAAGGAUGGACAUGCUGCACCACGCACAGCAGAGGAACAAGGAGUUGGAGGAAUGGAUUGAAGCACAGAAACGACAGAUCAAACAGCUAGAAGAGAAGUUUUUAUUUUUAUUUUUAUUCUUUUCUCUGGCCUUCAUCCUCUGGUCCUAAAGCGGCGGCCACCAGAGGGCAGUGUGUAUUUGAACCAGCGGCUACAGACUCUGGGGGAGGGGCCUAUCGCCCCGCUAGCCCUGACGAGAAGACCACCGGCCAAUCACAAACUGUCUCAGCGUGGCUGACACUUAUUCCUGUUCCAGCCACUUCCCAGCCAAUCGGAGCACAGACAGAAUCCCAAGCUGGUUCUGACACGUUGGCCUGCCGAGAAGUGGGCGGGGUUUGGCGGUAAAAACAUGGUUACCAUGCCAACUCUGCAUUGGAGCAGUUCAAAAGGACCCGACUUCAUAAGGACACCGGUUUAUUGAAAGCCUGGUUUAUAAAGACUAUAUUCCGUCUUCUAUACAAGAAGAGCCACAGAGAGAACCUUAUAAUAGUAUUAAAGACCUUUAUUUUGAGAAUGACUAUGCACACUCUAGAAGGAAGACAAGGAUUGUGUCCUCCCGGUUGGUUUCAAAUGGCAGCCCUCUCUCCACCUGCCAGAGGCUUUUGGUGGAGGUUAAAGUUCACGGGAGCAAAAUUUGAUGGAGGAAAUUCUGAGCUGAAGCAGAGCACCACGUCCUUCGUCGUCAGGGUCUUCACACAGCAUGCAGAAGAACCACAAGAUCGUCUCAAACCAGGGACAACCAGGGACCACCAGAGACCACCAGAGACACCACAGACCACCACAGACCACUAGAGACCUUCUACCUGGGUAACAGCCAGUCCAGGGUCCUGAUAACUCACCUCUGGUCAGGAGGAACCUCUCCUCCUUUUCCAUCAGUGCAGGACAGGGACAUCUGGAACAUGAGACCUGCCAACCCGUGCUGAGAUCCUUUGUUCGGAUCCAGUCUCAAGAACCUGUCUUCAAAUUCUGUGUUCAGAACCCGUGAUUCAAAGCGGAUUCGGAGCAGGGCAAGGAAGGACUCUUUUAGAGUUCAUGCCAAUCCAGGAACUGUCGUGGACUCGUGUCCACCCCAGACGUGAGCUUGCAUCGAGGCCAACGGACACAGACCGGCACGAUUGGAAAGGGAGGAGGAACUGGAGUAUGAAGGGAAACCGCUCGGAGCUCAGACCAGAGCUCUCCCCCUCCCCCUCCCA